AUGCCACCACCGCGCCAAAUCACAGAUUGGCUCAACACAAACUACCCAAGACCGGUCGUAGAUCCGGAAUGGCUUGAAGGAUGCUGCAACUGGAUAACAAACGACCACAACCUCGACUCAGCGCGCGACUUGCCCGCGUUUUUGAAAGAACUAGAGCAUCAGCUGCUUCGAUCAUCACUCCAAGAUUCUAUGCUCCCGCAUACCGGACUCCCAGCCAACAUAGGCGACCUAAAUACGAGUACUACCCUCACGGGGCCACCCGUGCUCCUGGAGGUUAUUCAUAUGGACGACGUAUCCACCAGCGCCUUUCAGCUUGAUCAAAUUAGGCAAGCACGCGAGGAGCGCAUGCGGGCUGGUGUUGGAAAUGAAGAAGGCGAAGAGGACGGGGAUGUAGAUGUGGAAGGCGAGGGCCCGAUGCCCCAAUACCCCAGGGGCAAGUUACGUCUUCGGUUAUCUGACGGCCACACUGUUUUGGAGGCCCUGGAAUAUCGUCGGAUUGAUGAGUUGAAGCUUACAACGCCACACGGGUUCAAAAUGCAAUUGAAGAACGUCCGCAUUCAACGCGGCAUGGCCUUUCUUGAACCAACCACCGUCAUUUUAAAAGGAGGCCAAGUGGAAGACCUUGCGCAAAAUCAAGAAUUCAACUUUGCCAACGCUUUGAGGCAUCGCAUGGGGCUACCUCUGAACGAGCUACCCGAACCACAGCCGGAGGAAGAUCCACCACAGCCUCUACAACAAGCGGCGGCCAUCAUGCGAUCCCCACUCCGCGAGAUAUCUCCACCACCUUCACCCCCCUUAUUUCCUCAGCGCAACGACGACGAAGACCUUGAGCCACGUCGCCGUAAAGUGCCCAAGAACAACUCCCCAUCGUCGUCCAUCCCUACGUCACGGCCGAUAGCUGGUCUACCAUCAUCACUCACAUCUCUUGGCGGCGUAUCGACCGCUCGCUCCGCAACCCUGGUAGGGAGCAACAGCACUUCACCACAUUUCCCUUUCUCUGGUCCACAAAUCAACGUCGUUUCCGUCGAAAAUGCGCGUUCGGCCAAGGGGAGAGGCAUGGGUCUUAACUUGCCACCUACAAUCCGACAGACAGCUCCCAACCUCCCUUCUCCCCCCACACAAGAACCUGACGAGGCCAGUUUCGACUUCGAGUUGCUUGAUGAACUAGACGAGAACCAACCGCCCUCCAAGCCAAUUGCAAAUAGCAAUAAAGGCAAAGGACGAGCCGCAGAUGCGAUGACAACGAAAACCAAAGCUGAAUUAUCGGACGAAUUUCCAAGUUCUGACGAUUACGGUAUCGACAACAUGAACGAUGACUUCUGGCGUGAGCUCGACGAAGCAGAGGCAUCUGCAGAUAGAAGCAGUCUUUGUGCGCCUGCUACUACCUCUUCUUCCUCGUCGGGCCUUGGAUCAUCAUGGUCCGCAGUCGAGAGGAAGACGGGAGGCGUCGCGACGAGAGACACCCUUGCAUUAUCUGCACCCCUUGAAGUGAUCAGCAUUGAUUCUGACGAUGAUCUGAUGAGUACUGAAGACAAGGAGAACGUCCCUGUUCCAACUAGGCACGUCAGAAGACGGACCGAAGACGAUUGGGAAGGAUUUGGUGGACCAAGUCAAAGAAGGGACAGGAGGCCCGUCAUACUGGCCACGAAUCCAGAUGAUAUCCUUGAUUUGACUGAUUCAGAAUAG